CCUCCUCCACCUGCGCCCCGGUUCGACUUUUCUUUUUUCCUUCUCUCGCUGCUCUGGACGCUUUGAUCUCCAGUUUUCCUCCAGAGCCCUUCCAUCCUGGCCUAAUAUGGCAACUCCCACCGGCGCCACUCGAAUCUCCAUUGCCGUAUGAGCACGACGUCUCCAUCUCGAGUUCUGGUCCCUGAUCCAACGUUCUACGCACGAAAUGCUCCCCUUCUCGAAAACCACUGUAGGCGACCUGAGCCACGCACAUGAUCCGCAGACCGGAAAGACAAAGACACCAGUGCCGACCCUGUCUAGCUACCCGCCAUGCAGUCCCGUCGAAAAGACCCUUGUUUUUCCGAACUAUGGCAAACAAAUGCUCGUCGGGUUACACAACGUCAAGAACUACUGCAGUAUUACCAUCCCCCGGGGUUGUCACAAGCCUGGGGGCCGACCUGAUCGUAAUGCAUGACGGCUGUGUAACAUGAGUUCCACAGAUAAAGUGGUAGCAAUGAGACAUCAUCUAGGAUCUUUUUCUCUCACCGACUUUGCUGACCAUCCAUCCCUCCAAACUACGGCGCAUAAUUUCCCUGUUUGCUCGACGCCUGGCAGUCGACGUGACCAUGCCAGCAGUGUGACCGGACAACGACGAGGUUGGAGGCUACAAUUAUGGAGACACAAUGGAACAAUAGCCACGACCCAGUCCUGGACGCACAGACAGAACGAUGCCGCUGAUGCGGCCCGGUGUCGAAGAUCAGCUUAGCGCCCCAGCAUGGCUCCAGCGAGAUUUCUGUCCCCCGAUACGAAUCGUCCCAAUCCAGUAACUUUCGCAUCUUCGGCUCCCCGGGGCUGCCCUCUAUUCAUGGAACCGUGCCACGAUGGGAGGAUGUCAAGUCAUGUAGGGUCCAGGGACUGUGGGGUGUCCCAUGUUUCGAGAUCCAUUUGUUCGAAAGCUGUGGGUCUAGGAGAAUUGCCUGGUAAGAGGUGAACAGCAAGCAGGCUAUUCGCAGUGACAAACAUUUCCAUCCAACAUCCGGCAGAACAAUGAAUGCUGGCACAUCUGGCCGUAUAUUAACCCCCUGUCUGCUGUGAUACAGAAUCUCCUUCACUGUUGUUAUUCUCCCAAGACAUUUCGCAGCUCUACUAUCUGUCCGUGAUAUAUUUUAAAUAUCACCGGUUUACUUUUAUAUAAGUUCCUGGCUGCACGUGUCCUAACUUCUCUCCCCUUUGAAAAAAGACUUUCCUCCUCACUCGUUCUUUCGAAAAUCAUCAGACAAAAUGGUCGGCAUUCUGCUUGAGCAACCCUCCCACCCCACUGCCUUCCGCACCGAUCGCGAUGGGCUGGCGUUCGAAGAGCUUUGCGAUGAAAUCGAACACGUCGACAUUCUUGCCGACCAGGCCGUCAAGAAGAAGCAACAGCGGGCAGCAGAUGAGGAAGAUGACGGGCCAUCCAAGUUCGACGCCGAAAAGGACAAGACCCAAUUCCGUCAAUACGAGACGGCCAGCGACCGCGUCAAGAACUUCUACCUCGAACAGCACACCAAGCAAACUGUCGCAUACAACUUGAAGGCUCGCAACGACUUCAAGUCCAAGACUCGUGCUGAGAUGACGGUAUGGGAAGCCAUUGAGCGUCUGAACACCCUCAUCGACGAGUCCGACCCCGACACCGAGCUGAGCCAAAUCGAGCAUCUUUUGCAGUCUGCUGAGGCCAUGCGCCGUGACGGCCGCCCUCGCUGGAUGCAGCUGACCGGACUCAUCCACGACCUUGGCAAGCUUCUAUUCUUCUUCGACGCCCAGGGCCAGUGGGAUGUCGUGGGUGAUACUUUCCCCGUUGGCUGUGCCUUUGAUGACCGCAUCAUCUACGGCAACAAGUCCUUUGCUGCCAACCCCGACUACAACGACCCCAUCUACAGCACCAAGUACGGGAUCUACUCUCCAGGCUGCGGGUUGGAGAACGUCAUGCUAUCCUGGGGCCAUGACGAGUACCUGUACCACGUUGUCAAGGACCAGAGCACUCUCCCGGAUGAAGCUCUGGCCAUGAUCCGAUACCACAGCUUCUACCCGUGGCACCAACAGGGUGCUUACCGGGAGUUCAUGAACGAGAAGGAUGAGAAGAUGCUCAAGGCUGUCAAGAAGUUCAACCCUUACGACUUGUACAGCAAGAGCGACGAGAAGCCGGUCGUCGAAAAGCUCAAGCCUUACUACAUGGAGCUGAUCGACGAGUACUUCCCACAAAAGGUCAUCAAGUGGUAGGCUUGGUUUGAGCCACGCUGGUCGAGAUGGCCGAAUAGUGGGACAUGAAAUGGGCGUGUUUUUCCUUAUAUGAGCGAUGAAAGAUUUCUUUGGUUGGGUUUUUGGAAGGUUUCCAAGAGGAUAACAAAUGUUUUCGCAUUUUGUCAAGAGAGGACAAUAUAAUGAAUGACCUGUUUUUGUAUGCGGAGCAAGAUCUAAUCCCAGCCCAGUGGGUGGGUGGUCCAUGUCUAAGCGAAUGAAUAUUCUAUGUCCGAAGUCUUGAUCUCUGCCCCACGGUCCCUCCCGUACGAUAACUGCAAAUGUAGAAUUGAACCAUGAAUGUUGUAGUAGA